AUGGCGUUUUCUAAACGUAUCCUGGUGAUUAUACUAGAAAAACUCUUUGUCAUUCUAAUUUUAAUCAAUGUAGAAGCGCAAACAAUCCCCUCCAACAUCAUCAAAUUAGGUUCUUCCUUGUCCUCCAAUUUCACUUGUAACAUUGGUAGUAGAAGUAGUUGUUGGUUCUCACAUUCUGGUCUUUUCGCCUUUGGUUUCUAUCCACAAGCUAAUGGCUCCGCUGUUGGGAUAUGGAUAGUUAAUCAAACCGAUCAAACCACCAUUGUUUGGACUGCGAAUCGUGACGAUCCACCUUUGUCCUCAAUGGCCACUCUGGAGUUAACAGAACAAGGUUUGGAGUUAACAGAUAAUAGUACUAUGACCGAAUCAAAAGUCAUUGCCGGUGCCGAGAACGAGGCAACUUCAGCUGCUUUACUUGACUCGGGGAAUUUUGUGCUUUACCUCAAUCGUUCUAUCAUUUGGGAGAGCUUUCAACUUCCGACUGACACCAUUUUAGGUGGUCAGAACCUCUCCCAAUCCCAAAAAUUGGAAUCUAGCGUUUCCACAACAGAUCAUUCAAGUGGAAAAUUUCGCCUCGUUUUGCAACCGAGUAACACUAUAAACCUUGGUUUGUUCCCUGUAAACUCCUCAGCCGCCUAUUGGGCUCCUGUCCCCAGUGGCCGUAUCUAUUCUCAGUUGUCUCUCGAUUUCGAAGGUUCUCUUUUUCUGACUGGUUCAGAUACAGACGAAGACAUGAUUUUCGUAAAUGGGUCUUCUUCUUCUUCUUCCUCUUCCGCAGAUGGGAACAGAUGGAAAAAUGGUAGUGUUAUCUAUAGAGCAACGCUAGAUGCCGAUGGGGUUUUUAGAUUGUAUUCUCAUCACAGUCACAACGUAUCACUGAAGAACAAUACUGUCUCAAAUGCUGUGGUUGAAUGGUCAGCACUGGACAACGAAUGCAUGGUAGAUGGUAUCUGUGGUAUGAACAGUUAUUGUGAGAUCCAAAGGGAAAAGGCGGAUUGUUAUUGUUACCCUGGAUACGCUUUCAUAAACCCCAUGACGAGAUCCACCGGCUGCUACCGGAAAUUCACCGCCGACGGCUGCAUAACAGGAAAUGAUAGUAGAGAACCGGCUUCGUCCGUGAUUAGUUCGUACAAUAUUACUCCUUUUGAGAACAUGUCGUGGUACGAUUCUGAUACGUACUCAGAUGUAUUAAAAGAGAAAAAGGCUUGCAGCAACUCUUGCCUGGACGACUGUAACUGUUGGGCAGCGUUGCAUACAGAUUCAAACAAACGUUGCCGAAAAUAUAAGUUUCCACUCAAAAACGGUAAAAGGGGUUCAUUUAUAUCAGCCACGGCUUUCUUGAAGAUGGUACAUUUAGUAAACUCUAGUACGAAAACCCCGGCUGCUACGAAAUCCGACGCAACUGAAGCCAGAAAAAGUACAAUCCUGAUCAUUCUUGGAUCAAGUUUGGGCUCCAUAGCAUUCUUGUGCUCACUCUUGGCUAUUUCGGGCUUCCUUCUUUACAAGCAGAGAGUUCAUCGCUACAACAAGCUCUUAAUGGAAAAUUCCAAAUUGGGGUUUGGUGUAGAUUUUGGUCUGCAUGUGUUUUCUUACAAUGAGCUCGAGGAAGCGACAGAGGGAUUCAAUGACGAGCUUGGAAGAGGCUUGUUUGGAGCAGUCUACAAAGGGAAUUUAUUGUAUAGUGGUCAAAAUAAGGCCAUUGCUGUAAAAAGACUCAGAGAAGUUUGUGGAAGAGGGGAUAAGAGAGUUUCGAGCUGA